AAUCUCGAUAUCUCGGCGGAUAAAGCAGGGUCCUCUACGGCCCUUCGACUGACUAAUGCGAAAACCCUAAUAACAAAACCCCCAACCAAGAACAAAAUGGCGACGAUGGUGAUCGGAACCCUAACCUCCUCGUAUACCGCCGCCGUGUCGUCUCCGCCGCCGCUUCGCCGGAGAGCGGCGGCGGCGAAGCGCGCGGGGGAGCGGUCGCUGGAGGAGACGUACGGGGUGCGGGUGGAGCGGGGGGCGUCGCGGGAGCGGCUGGCGGAGCUGGGGGUGGAGCGGUGGUCGCGGUGGAGGACGGGGCGGUGCCGGUUGGCGUGGGACUGGCACGUGGACCAGCUGGUCUACGUGGUGUCCGGCGAGGUGCGCGUCGUCCCCGACGGCGCCGCCUCCGGCCUCCGCCACAUGCGCUUCGUCGCCGGCGACCUCGUCCGCUACCCCAAGUGGUUCGAGGCCGACCUCUUCUUCGACGGGCCCUACGAGGAGCUCUACCACUUCCGAGCCCACGGCGACGACGAUGCAUAAUUUUGAAUCUCAUCUCCUCUUCUGUAGUCGGAAUCGGAACUGCUAUAAUAGUUAAUAUUCUACACUUUGUUGUUGUUGUUGUUGUUGUUGUUGUUGUUGUUAUCAGAUUAAUUUGCUACAUUUAUCUCGAGCUUUUUAA